AUGACGACUUCGGCCACGACCCUCCUCCCCAGGUUCCUCCUCCCGGCUUUGAGCCCCAUGUGGCGCGUAGCAGCGACCUCGACCGGCCGGCCGGCCGCAACGGCGGCUUCGGCGGCGCUCCGCCGGAACGCGGUGUGGACGAUUCGAUACGCCUCGUCCAAGCCGACAAAGGCUACUCAGAAAGGACCCCUCAUCCUCGAGAAGCCGGCCAAAUUCAACCCGCCCUCGCACGGCACGCGGUUGCCCAAGAACAGUGGCCCAAAGCACUAUGGCGGCCCGCUCAGCGGCCAGGAAGUGCGCGCCCAGCGCACGCGCGAGUAUCCCGGCAUGAUGGCUCCUGAGGGGACGUGGGCGCAUUGGUUCUUCAACAGCCGCAAAGUCCACCUCUUCAUCUCCUUGGGAACACUGACAACGCUGGCCAUCUCGACGUUGAUCCUCAACUUUUCGCAGACAUCCCCGUUCAAGCACCUCCUCCCCCCCGCGUCCGAGUUCUGGAGCAGCCCAAUUGCGUUCAUCCGCACGUGGGCUCACGUACUGCAGCUCCACGAGCGCGACCGCAACGAGAAGGCCAUUGCCAUGCACUCGCGCCAUACUGACGACGUCGCGAAGCGCCAGUACUACCGCAAGGUCCACGGAUUGGAUAAGGAGAAUCCCAUUGCGAACUUCCUCGGCAUGAAGGAGGAGUCAGAGGAGGACAAGGCCGCUGCCGCUGCGGCAGUCGAGGCUUCGCCCGUAGCUGGAAACGCCGAGGCGAUUGCACCCGCAGAGAACGAGCAGAAGAAGAAGUGGUUUGGCAUCUUCUGA